AUGCUGCUAAGCUACAUCUGCUGUCGACGAUUAUACAGAAAUUUUGUUUCUUCCCAUUUUAUUGCCCAUCUUUGUGUUACUAAUAUGAUUGGACUUGGAGUUUUGGUCCCCCUAUUUUUGGCAAAUUUGUGGUCUGGAACACAUUUAUGGCCUAAUAAUAAUAUGGCUUGUAGAAUUCAGACAUUUCUAAUGUGUUCUGAAUGGACGGUUGUUCACUUUAUGACCCUUUGCAUUGCUGGAGUUCAUUUACUUACAUUUGCUCGCAUUCAUUAUGCCCAACUUUUUGGCCUUCCCCCAGCUUAUUUAUGCGUGCUAGCUUGGAUAGUAGCUUUUACAAUAGCUUUACCGUGUAUUACAAAUUCGCAUAUUGUGGUGCAUGAUCCGGUGCUCAGACACUGUGUAUGGGGAAGUACAGAUUACAGCUACAAAUUUUUAACUUAUCUACUUAUUCUUUGUGUGGGUCUACCUGUUGGCCUAUCAUAUUAUUCGUAUAUUAAAGUAUUAAAAAUACUUUAUCAUUCUCCUAUUGUGUUUCAAAGUAUUGGACUUUACAAAAGUCGAUUUUUGGUUUAUGCUUUUUUGGCAGGGCCUUUAUUUCAAGUCCCAUUUUAUGUUAUUACAAUGAGUGGAACAUGGCGCUUUGGCCCAGAUUCGGCAAUUCCUGUUCUGGCAAUGUUUUUGGGUUAUGCCCCUUCAGCCAUUUCUCCUCUACUUUAUGGACUUUCAUUAGCACAAAUGAAAGAGGAGGAUAUGGCUUUAACUGCUAGAGCACAUAAAAGUGUUAUGGGGGCACAAGCACAGCAACAUCACCACCACCACCCUCACCAAAAUCAACAUAUUGGGCUUACACAGAAUUUAUAAAAAAAUUGAAGGAAAAUAGAGAGAUGAUUUUAGAGGGAGAUUGGGCCUAGUGAAAAUUUUAAAUAAAUUUUUGUUUAAAAAUUUUUUUGGAACAUGGCGUAUAUGUAUUCCAAAAAAGCUGGAACACAACACUUUGUUCUAGUGUCUCUAUUAAUCCAGUUUAUAAAAAAAACUGGGGAAAAAUGGUGAAAAGAUACAUAAUUGGAGGGGGGGAUUUUGGG